UCUGUCUCCUACACACUUACCUUCCUUCCCUUUCCGCCUUUUCUACCAUACCAACCAACAUAGCUAACCCUAACACUUUCUCUCUCCCUCUUCUUCCCAACACUCUCUCUCUGUCUUCUGGAAAUUUCCCUCCCGACCUUACUCUGCCUCUCUUUCUCUCUGAUCGACGCCAAACGGGGCUGGGCUGCUGGGCUGCUGGGCUGCUGGGCUCGGAUCUACGCCACGCUCGGUCUCUCUCUCUCUCUCUCUCUCUCUCUCUCUCUCUCUCUCUCUCUUUUUUUUUCUGGGUACAGCGGUUCGUGGAAGAGCGCACCUUCAAGUUGCUAACUCGACUAGUUGGGCUGGAGCUCUACUGGACUUGCCUCAGUUUCAGAAUGUCCCGGACUCAUAGAAAAUGAUUCAAGAUGCAAUUACAAAGCUUGAUGAGGCAUUUGUGAUUAAUCCUAAGAAACAUGAUGCCCUUUGGUGCCUGGGAAAAGCUCAUGGUUUCAAUGCAUUUUCGACCCACGAUGUAGCUGAAGUGAGGUUGUUAUGAGCCAGUAUUUAACUUUGAAAGAAUGUCAAAUCUGUUGAUUCUGUUUCAGAAGCUUGUGCAGAGUUUAUAACAUGAGUUGAUGUUUUGUUUUUUUGCUAAUUAUCACGGUUUGCUUCGUAGCAAGAUGCAAUUAGCAUAAGCAGCCAGAAUAAUUUUUCUGUAGAGUAUUGCUGCCUUCAGUAAUGCAGUGAGGUUGUUUUCUGGUGGACUUUGUAGAGGUCUAAAGCAGACGGAAAAGACAUUGGUGAGUAUUAUAAAACAUAGCUAAAACGGGGUCGCUUUGUUGUGUGGCUGCAAGGCCACAUGGAUCUCAUACCAGUACGGACUGGUCGAUGGGUCCACAUGAGCCGUAUUGGCGAACUAAUACAAGCUUCUCGCCACCUCCAUCAAGAUGGGAUUUCCAGUUCCAUUCUGAAGGACUACAACAUGGUUCACAUGAUGGAAAUCAACAGAAUGGAUCCUUUUCGUCAUCAAACAGUAAAGAAAGUAGGAACUGGUUAAGAGGCAAUCAACUUUAUAGUCACCAGUACGCAUCUGAUGGUACUGGAAUGUUUUUGAGUAGUUCAUCAGACCUUUCUCAGGGUCCUCAAUGGACGCCUCCUGCAAUACAGGAAAUCAGAGGGGAUGAUUUUGAAUCUGCCGCUGCAAGGAGAGGUAUGGCUUUGGGUCCACCAUCCUUUAGACCUUCAGUGGAGGGAACUUCAGAAAUUCAAGAUAGCGGGGGCUCCACCUCGUUCCGUUCAGACAGCAGCGAGUCUGAACACAAGUCACGCUCAUCCUCACAUCGUACCUUUUCAGGGCGUCGAUCUUUUAUGUCUAAACCUAUUCAUCCCUUGUCCUUCCCCAGACAAGGAGAGUUUUCUGACUUCACUGCUGCUGGAUUGCCAGAGUUUGAUGCUACCACUCAAAGAGAUGCCCAGAGCUGGAGCAGUGCCAGCAGCAGCAUUGAUUUUGCAGAUGUUUCAGAAACAUUUGAAUCUGAAAUAAGCAAUCGGUCUUAUAAUUUGUCUGAUGGUGUUAGAUGUGGCCUGUGUGAAAAGUUUCUUACCCAAAGAUCCCCAUGGAGCUCUCGUAGAAUUGUGAGAAGUGGAGACAUGCCAGUUACUGGGGUCCUUUCUUGUUAUCAUGUUUUUCACGCGGAAUGCUUGGAACAAACAACACCCAAGGCAUGUAAGAGUGAUCCUCCCUGCCCCUUGUGUCUGAAAUUGGAAGAGGAAAAUUGCCCUGAAAAGAGGAGCUGUUCAAGAUCAAGGGCUGGUUCUCCAAGGCUUAGAUCGUACAAUGAGGAUGGGUCAUCAAGACCUUGGGGCUGUGCGCAGGUGGGAGAUUGUGUGGAAGGUGCAUUGCAUGUGCCAACACGCAACACUAUGCUUUUACUCAACAGGAAUCGGAUUAAAAAGAAUCUUUCAUUGAAGGGUAAUUCAAGUAAAGAGUUCCCUGGGAAGUUGAGGAAAAGUGGGUCCUAUUCUUCACAGCAACUCAGUGUAAGAUCAAUCGAUCAUGCAGCAGUUGGGUGUUCGAAGUCAAAGGUUAAAGCUGGGCCAAGCAUGAACUGACUUGAACUGAAAGUAGUUAUGAUGUAGAUAAAACUGACAUGAACACCACUCUGCGCUUCAAAGAGCCAAUUUUCUCAUACACGUUAAAGUCUGCUUGCUUAGAUGAAUAGAUUUUUUUAGCAAUGUGAUUGGAUUACUUGGUUAUGCUGUACUUGUAUAGAUAUAUGAUUGUGUUAACUGUGGCUGCAAAGUAGACAGAUUUUACAUUUCCAAAA